AUGCCAAUCUCACCAAUUAUCACCUUCAAAGCGGGCCAGUGCGAGGUUGAUGCCUCCUCUAAGCCUUACAAAGUGAAGCCGCAACCUGAGCCGGGCUAUAUCUACCUAUACUCUGAAGAUGAUCUCGUGCAUUUUUGCUGGCGCAAGCGAAGCGAACCCCUCGACAACCCUGAACUUGACCUGAUCAUGGUCCCUGGCGAUGGCAGCUUCACUCCUCACGAAUACACAUCGUCUUCCGAGCCCACCUCCAAGACCAACGGCCGUAUCUUCGUCCUCAAGUUUACUUCUUCGUCCCAACGAUAUCUCUUCUGGCUUCAGUCAAAGCCUCAGGCCGAAGACGGAGAUCCUGCCUACUACAGCCCUCGUGAUCGCAAGAUUGGCGAAAUAGUCCAUCAACUACUACAGGGUGAGGAGGUGGAUGUAGCUGAGGAAUUGUCAGCUCUCCGUAACAACGAUAACCGACCCGACGACGAGGAUGAGACCAUGGAGGACGCUGAUACCCACCGUGCACCUCGAGGAAGCGGCAGCGGAGGCGCAGGACCUGACGCUACGGGUGGAGACGUUCGAGAGGAAGGCGAGGGCUCACGAGAGGGCGGAGCUGAUGGUGCUAGAGCGGCCUCUUCAUCUGCCCCUGAUGCCGAUGCUGCUGCCGCUGUGAAGAGCUUUUUGGACAGCCUUCGAGGCCCGUCGGGGCUCUCUGGUAGACAGCAGCAGCAAACCACCGACAAGGCAUACCCUCAUCUCAACCACCUACUUCCCACUUCCAUCACAGUACCUAUGGUUGACUCGGCUACGGAAGAGUUCACAGACACAUUGAUCAGCCUUCUCCCUCCUGCCGUUAUAGUCCUUGCAAGUGCCUCAACAGAUUCUGUUGAUGGGAAAUUGGAGCCGUCAGCUUCGGCUGUGGAGGAUGCCAAAGCCUCAUUAUCCCUGGACGACAAGCGGACGUUGUUGAAGAAGGUUCUGAGAAGUCCCCAGUUCAAUCAAGCCCUGGCAAGUCUCACAAUGGCCAUACGGGAUGGCGGCUUGCCAAGCAUUGCGGAUGCUCUUGGUGUAAAGGUACAAGAUGGAGGAUACCUAAGAGGCAGCGGCAUGCCUCUGGGUGGUGGCCAAGCUAUUGAGGCAUUCGUGGAUGGCGUUAAGAAGACAGUCGAGGACGAGAAGAGAUGA